GCCUUGAACUCAGAGAUCUGCCUGCCUCUGCCUCCCGAAUGCUGGGAUUAAAAGUGUGUCACCAUCCAGCCAGUGGACUUAUUUUUUAAGAUCUAGUUUUUAUUUUUAUUUAUGAAUGUGUACUCUCUGUGUCAGGUUUAUUCAGAGGCCAGAAGAGGUUGUCAUAGCUCCUGGUACCGGUGUUACAGGGUGUGGGACCCGAACUCUGGUCCUCUGGAAGAGCUCAAGUGCGCGGCCAUCUCUCCAGCUUGGUCCACUCUUAUCGGACUCAGGGUCUAGUAUAGCUCAGAGUGGCCAUGAACUUGCUAUGUAGUUGAGGAUCGCUUUGAAAUACGGAUCUUUCUGCUUCCUACGUGCAGGAUUGGGAGAUCUGUGCCAGGCAGGCCAGGGCUAUACCGACCGUGCCACCCUGCAGUCUCCACCCGCCACUCUGGAGACUGAAGGCAAAGUUUUGUGCGGGUUAGGCCAGUCUCUGCUGCAGGUUGACACCUCAGCCCUCAGCCUGACUAUAUAUUGCAUUAUCUCUGUGUGAGGUGGCGUGCGCCUUGCCGGGGGUGCUCUUGUGGGUGUAGGCUCUCCACCAUUGGGAUCAGGGACCCGAACUCGGGUCCUCAACACCUUGAUGAACGGAGCCGUUCUGCCGGCUCGGGACCAUGUUUAUUUGGCAAACUCGGCCCCUGUAUCCUGAUCCCUUUGUGGAGGCUGACGUGGGUGCAGAGGGUGACAAGCACAUUUUAGGCAGGUGAACUCUACUGCAAAGGCCCUGGGGCAGGCUGAACCGGCUGCCAUCACCCACACUCCUGUUGUGGUAGUUGAAGUAUUGUUCUGAGAAAUGCCACUCAACAAGAUCCUCCUGCUCCCACAUCCUGCAGUAAGGAAAUCACGGCCAGCUCAGCUUCCACACCACGUGAACUCUGUGGGUGGGUAAACGGAGGCUGUGAAAGUGAGUGCGGGAGGGAACAAGCACCAGAGAUCCAAGUGGUCGGGUGGGAAGGAAGCUCAGAAAAGAACACGGGCGGAGACUGGAAGCAGAGGCCAGGAGGGACUCAGAGUGACGCGCGGGCUGGGAAGAAGAAUCGAGGUUUGGCUCGGGCGGGGACGACAAUCAAGUGAAGCGCAGGGACGGCAGGCGGUGCGGGCGGGCGAGAGAGGCCUUUGUCUCCUCCUCCCGCGCGCUCGGUGGUGCCACUCCGGUCCCCAUGAGCCCGCGGCCCCCCGGCGCCCGGGCGUCCUGCAGCCCCUGACCUGCCCUGUCCUCGCCAUGGCCGAGGCAGCCUCGGGCGCCGGGGGCGCGACCCUGGAGGGGGAGCGAGGGAAGAGGCCCCCGCCGGAGGGCGAGCCUGCAGCGCCUGCGUCUGGAGUCCUGGAUAAACUAUUUGGGAAGAGGCUCCUGCAGGCUGGCCGCUACCUGGUAUCCCACAAGGCAUGGAUGAAGACGGUACCCACCGAGGACUGUGACGUGCUCAUGACCUUCCCAGACACCACCGACGACCACACGCUGCUGUGGCUGCUGAAUCACAUCCGAGUGGGCAUCCCUGAGCUGAUUGUGCAAGUUCGCCACCACCGCCACACGCGUGCCUAUGCCUUCUUUGUCACAGCCACAUAUGAGAGCUUGCUCCGGGGGGCCGAUGAGCUGGGUCUGCGCAAGGCAGUGAAGGCCGAGUUUGGCGGGGGCACCCGCAGCUUCUCCUGCGAAGAGGACUUUAUCUACGAGAAUGUGGAGAGCGAGCUGCGCUUUUUUACAUCGCAGGAGCGGCAGAGCAUCAUCCGCUUCUGGUUGCAGAACCUACGGGCCAAGCAGGGAGAGGCGCUGCACAACGUGCGCUUCUUGGAGGACCAGCCAAUCAUCCCGGAGCUGGCUGCUCGAGGCAUCGUACAGCAGGUGUUUCCGGUGCACGAGCAGCGCAUUCUGAAUCGUCUCAUGAAGUCCUGGGUGCAGGCCGUGUGUGAGAACCAGCCUUUAGAUGACAUUUGUGACUACUUUGGGGUGAAGAUAGCCAUGUAUUUUGCCUGGCUGGGCUUCUACACGUCGGCAAUGGUUUACCCUGCUGUCUUUGGUUCCGUUUUGUAUACAUUUACUGAAGCCGAUCAGACAAGCCGGGAUGUUUCCUGUGUUGUCUUUGCUCUCUUCAACGUGAUCUGGUCGACACUGUUCUUGGAGGAGUGGAAACGGAGGGGUGCAGAGUUAGCCUACAAGUGGGGGACUUUAGAUUCACCCGGGGAAGCUGUGGAGGAGCCACGACCCCAGUUCAGGGGUGUCCGACGUAUCAGCCCCAUCACUCGGGCUGAGGAGUUCUACUACCCGCCCUGGAAGCGGCUGCUCUUCCAGCUGCUCGUCAGCCUGCCUCUGUGCCUGGCCUGCCUUGUCUGUGUCUUUGUGCUGAUGCUUGGCUGCUUCCAGUUGCAGGAGCUGGUCCUGAGCGUGAAGGGUCUACCCCGCCUGGUUCGCUUCCUGCCCAAGGUCAUGCUGGCCCUGCUGGUCAGUGUGAGCGCUGAGGGCUACAAGAAGUUGGCUGUGUGGCUCAAUGACAUGGAGAACUACCGGCUAGAGAGCACCUACGAGAGGCACCUUAUCAUCAAAGUCGUCUUGUUCCAGUUUGUCAACUCGUACUUGAGUCUGUUCUACAUCGGCUUCUACCUCAAAGACAUGGACCGCCUGAAAGAGGUGAGGGCCUGCCCACCGCCUCAGACGCAGCACUCUGACCCCCUGGGGACGGACCUGUGUAAGGGGUCCAGGGCUCUCCAGCCCCUCCCUCCCCUCCUCCAUCCUUCUCUCCUUUUUGUCCGUCUGUCCGUGCGUCCUCUCUUUUUUACCCGUCGUUCUCCUCUCCCAUCUGUCCGUCCACCUGUCCCAUUGGUCCCUCCACAGCUCCUGCUACUACUGUCCCUGACCCAGAGCCUCGAGCGGCAGCUGCGGGCGGCGCUGGUCCCGCUCGUGGCCCUGCGGUUCCGCCUGCUCCUCCUGUCCCUCCGGGGUUUCCUGCUCGUGGCCCAGGCCAAAAUGCUGGCCACUCUGCUCAUCACCCGGCAGCUGCUGCAGAAUGUGCGCGAGGUGCUGCAACCGCACCUGUACCGCAGGCUGGGCCGCGGGGAGCUGGGUCUGCGUGCCAUCAGGGAACUGGCCCGGGCCCUGCUGGGCCUGCUGAACCCCUUGCGCCCGGACCCCCGAGGGCACCUGGAGACCCAGGCAGAUGAGGGAGGAGCAGGGAGCCACAGGUGUUUGGGUGGAGGCUGUGGGGCGCCGGAGGAAGAGGAAGAGACGGCGGUGGAGCGGAGGCCGGCAGGGGAAGGCGGAGAGGUCCCAGAUGGGCCUCGGGGUGGCAAGGAGGAGGAGGAGGACGAGGAAGACGAGGAGGACGAGGAGGAAGAGGAGGACGAGGGCGAGGAAGGCGGCCUCCUGGACUGCGGGCUGCGCCUUAAGAAGGUCAGCUUUGUGGAGCGGGGCUCAGGGCGACGCAGGCCAGGCCCGGGUCCCGACGGCCUCCUGGAAGAGGGGAGCCCCACCAUGGUGGAGAAAGGGCUGGAGCCUGGUGUGUUUACUCUGGCCGAGGAAGACGAUGAGCCAGAGGGGCCUCCCGGCAGCCCUGGGCCAGAGCCCCCGACCAUCUUGCUCCGUCGCGCUAGCGGCGAGGGCCGCGACCAGGGUCCUGAUGGAGGUGGAGACCCGGAGACCAGCUCCGGGGAUACAGCUGGGAGACAGAGGAGGAACAACAGGUCCUCAUGGAUCGACCCACCAGAGGAGGAGCAUUCGCCACAGCUCACGCAAGCAGAGCUGGAGAGCUGCAUGAAGAAGUAUGAGGACACAUUCCAGGACUACCAGGAGAUGUUUGUGCAGUUCGGCUACGUAGUGUUCUUCUCUUCCGCCUUCCCCCUGGCCGCCCUGUGCGCCCUUGUCAACAACCUAAUUGAGAUCCGGAGCGAUGCCUUCAAGCUAUGCAGCGGCCUACAGCGGCCCUUUGGACAGCGAGUGGAGAGCAUUGGCCAGUGGCAGAAGGUCAUGGAGGUGAUGGGCGUGCUGGCAAUCGUGGUGAACUGCUACCUCAUUGGCCAGUGUGGCCAGCUGCAGCGCCUGUUUCCCUGGCUGAGCCCAGAGGCCGCUAUCGUGUCUGUGGUGGUGCUAGAGCACUUGGCUCUGCUGGUCAAGUACCUCAUCCACGCAACCAUCCCUGACAUCCCUGGCUGGGUGGCUGAAGAGAUGGCCAAACUGGAGUACCAGCGACGAGAAGCCUUCAAGGUACAGGCCCGGGGUCCGGCUGACACGGUGUCAGGAGGGAAUAAAUUUUAGGCUGAGUCCCUAGUAAAAAACCGUAGGCUGCAGAGGGGGUAUCCCAGCCCCCCACCUUCAGGUUCUGCACCCAAAGAUUCCAUCAACUUGGAUGGAAAGUCCCAGUAUUAGUAGAGUGUGGAGGUGCACAGCUGUCAGGCCCGCACCUAGGGGUGGGCAGGUGGACAGGAGCUCAAGGCCAGCUGGGCUAUGUUGUGCUCUCUGAGAAAACACAGCAGGAUUUACAUGUGUACCGGUGCACAGACUGCUGCAUUUUCCUUCUUGUUUUAAGACUUAGCCCAUCCUGGCUUCAAAUUUGCAAUGCCUAUGUUAGUCUUCUGGGAACAUGUUCUGUCACACCUAGUUUUUUUUUUUAAUUAUGCAUGCCGUUAGUGGGUCUUGUUGUGCAGGCCAGGCUUGGGGCUCCAUCCCAGCCUCUCAGUUAGCUGGGAUUACAGUGCCCCUCAAAAUAACUGUUCAUACAGCAUUCCCACUCAAUCACCUAGAGACUUUCUUUUUUAGAUUUAUUUUACUUUAUCUGUUGCGGAUGAUUUGCCUGCAUGUGUAUGUCCACCUUGUGCAUGCAGUGCCCUUGGGAACCAGUAGGGGGCGUCAGAAGUUACAAAUAGUUGUGAGCUACAUUCAGGGUGCAGGGAACUGAACUGGGGUCCUUUGCAAGAGCAAUCUGUGCUCUUUACCACUGAACUGUCUCUCCAGCCCCAUCUAGGGACAUUUCAAGUCUAUAGGAAGGGGUGAGCAGAUAGCAAGCAGGGUGCCACUGUAGAAGGGACCAGAGCAUCCGUUGUACCAUACUUAUGGGUCCUGGAGCCAAUCCCUCGUGGGUGCUUACAUUGGCGGGUGUUGUCUAGAUUCUUGAUGGCAUAAGCUCCAAGCUCUCAAGAAUGCUCAUUCUUCAGACUGCCCGUCUGCCUCUUCCAAACCCCUCUGCAAACUGCAUGAAGAGCCAAGGAGCUGCACCUUGUAGGGAAGAUUUACCUAGAGUUCCAACCGGGAGCCAGGAUUCUAGAUUAUCCCUCUACCCGAGCCACGCCCCCAGCCCCUCACUGGGGGAUUCUAGGCUGGGGCUCUACUACUGAUCCUCAACAGUUCCAAACUGAAUUUUAAUUGACGGGCCCUGAGUGGUGGCUUAUUCCUGUGAUCCCACCCCUGGGAAGUUGAGGCUGGAAGAUUCUGAACUCUAAAUUCCAGCUACACAGUGAAACCCUGUAUCAAAAACAUACAAAGAAAAGGAAAAGGGAGGAAGCAGUUCCUUUGAGAAGGCCCGGGGUGGAGGUCUACAGCCUCCCCACAUGCCCUGCUCUCUGAGCACCGCAUGGUCAGGGGUUGGGGCGCUCAGGCUGUG